AUGGCCCUCAACUCGCUAUGGGCGCGAAUCAGAGGUAGCGCAGCAGCAGGAGGGAGCAGCGCCCCCAGCCUCGCCCGAACGACGGCGCUCAACCUCAUCGGCUUCGCGACCUGGAUCCCGGUGAUUGCGUGGUUCAACCUGCACGUGGCGGAGCUGACGGUCGUGGACGGCAACUCGAUGUACCCGUUCAUGAAUGCGGACCGGGACUCGUCGCUGCGGAGGGACGUGGUGCUCAACUACAAGUGGGCGCCGCAGGAGGAUUUGCAGCGGGGGAUGGUGGUGACGCUGAGGAGCCCAUUCCAUCCAGAGGUGAUUGCCGUCAAGAGGGUCGUUGCAGUAGAAGGCGACGUCAUCAAGACAAAGAAGCCGUAUCCCGUCUCGACGGUGAGGAUACCGCAGGGUCACGUCUGGGUAGAGGGAGACGGGCCGCCGGGGUCGAGCCUGGACAGCAACACGUACGGGCCCGUUUCGAAGAGGUUGCUGACGGGGAGGGUGACGCAUAUCGUGUAUCCGCUGAGGAAGUUUGGGCCGGUCAAGUGGUGGGAGCAUGACAGGCCGUUGGUGGAGUGA